GUCUGAUAGCAGAUGCUGGAUCAGGUAGGACAAUGAAUUGGACUCAGCUGUGGCUGCUGGCCUUUCUGGCCAUCUCCUCUCUGACUUAUCUGGCUGUUGGAUCUCCAUUGAAGGUGAUGUCUGCCCCCAACUUGUUGCGUGUAGGAACAGCAGAAAACAUCUUUGUGGAGUGUCAAGACUGCACCGGAGGAGACAUAAACGUCGAUAUCAGCGUGAUGAACUAUCCAUCCAAGGAAAAAAGGCUGGUAACCACAUCUGUGACCCUUACCAGUGGAGAACACUUCCAGGGAUUUGGACAAAUAACGAUUCCUGCAGGAGACUUCAACAGGGAUCCAACCUUGAAGCAGCGUGUCUACCUGCAAGCUCAAUUCCCUGACCGCCUGCUUGAGAAAGUCGUCUUAGUGUCCUUCCAGUCCGGCUACAUCUUCAUCCAGACUGACAAGACCCUCUACACCCCAAACAGUAUAGUUCAUUUCAGGAUGUUUGCAGUAACACCACGCAUGGAGCCUGUGGAGAGGGACACCGUAACCCAAGCUGAUACUACCAUAGCCAUCGAGAUCGUGACUCCUGAAGACAUCAUUUUCCCUCUUGACAGUGUCUCUCUGAAAUCGGGAAUCCACUCUGGAAGUUAUCAACUUGGUGAAAUUGUCAGAUCGAGGACGGUUGAAGUUAUGAAUCCAGAUGAAACUCCAGCAAAAGGUAUUGCGGUGGUGCUGGAGCCAGGCGCUGUGAAGGGUUUCACUGCAGCCAACGGCAUGGCAAAGGUUACCAUCAAUACAGUGGCAGGACUCUCAAGUCUGCUUAUCACUGCAAAGACCAAUGAUCCUGAUAUUUCACGUGAAAGACAAGCAUCAGCCACCAUGACAGCUCUCCCAUAUAAAACUAAGAGCAACAACUACAUCCACAUAGGUGUGGAUACAGCAGAGCUGGAAUUAGGAGACAAUCUGAGAAUCAGUCUCAUCUCUAACAGGCAGUUAAAUAAUCAACAAACUGAUAUCACAUACCUGAUCCUGAGCAGAGGUCAGCUGGUGAAACAUGGCCAUUACAGGAAUAGAGGCCAAGUACUGAUUUCCCUGAUAGUUCCCAUCACCAAAGACAUGCUGCCAUCGUUCCGCAUCAUAGCCUACUACCAUACAAAUGACAAUGAAGUGGUUUCAGACUCUGUUUGGGUGGAUGUCAAGGACUCCUGCAUGGGCUCGCUGACGUUGGAAUCAUCAAGACCUGCUGUGUCCUAUGAGCCUCGCAGGAUGUUUGGUCUGAAAGUCACUGGAGAUCCAGAGGCCACAGUGGGACUGGUGGCAGUUGACAAAGGCGUCUAUGUCCUGAAUAACAAGCACCGCCUCACCCAGAAAAAGAUCUGGGACACUGUAGAGAAGUCCGACACAGGCUGCACCCCAGGUGGAGGCACAGACAGUAUGGGUGUGUUCUUCGAUGCCGGGCUGUUGUUUGAGUCGAGCGCUGCUUCUGGGACUCCCUACAGACAAGAUUUGAGGUGUCCAUCCCCCACAAGGAGGAAACGAGCCAGCAGGACACUGGACGUCACAACCAACUGGGAAGAAGAAGAUUUGGAAGACAGAAGCAAUGGAAUUGUUUCUCGCACCAGAUUCACUGAAAGUUGGCUGUGGUCCGACGUCAAACUGCCUGCUUGCCCUGGUAAAGCACCCAACUGUGUGUCCACAUCAUUUAUGAAAACAUUUCCUUUAUCUGACUCAAUCACAACCUGGCAGAUCAUCGGUAUUAGUCUGUCAAGAACUGGUGUAAUCUGUGUGUCCAAUCCAUUGGAGGCAGUUGUUUGGAAGCAAUUCUUCAUUGAUCUCAAACUGCCGUACUCUGCUGUAAAAGGGGAGCAGCUGGAAAUUAAGGCAGUCCUCCACAACUACUUCCCUGAGCCUGCUAUCGUGCUUGUGGAACUGGUUGAGGCGGAGCAUGUGUGCAGUGUAGCUUCAAAUCGUGCAAGGUAUCGUCAGGAGGUCGUGGUUCAGCCUCAAACCACCCGAUCUGUACCCUUCAUCAUUAUUCCCAUGAGGGAAGGACAACUCGGCAUUGAGGUCAAAGCAUCUGUUAAAAACUCGUCGCUCAGUGAUGGAAUCAGGAAGAUGCUGAAGGUGGUGCCUGAAGGUGUGCUAACAAAAUCUGAAAGUAUUAUAACACUAAACCCUGCUGAGAAAGGUGUAGACGGUAACCAAGAAGAAAUAAUCAGAAGUGACAUUUCUCAUAAACAUAUGGUUCCAAACACAACUGUGAGCACAACGAUCUAUCUGACAGGAAAAUGGCAGCAUAGUGGGCUGGUGGAGGACAUCAUUGGUGGGAAAUCAAUGGGUAGUCUGAUCUAUCAGCCGGCAGGGAGUGGAGAGAGCAACAUGAUACACAUGACCAUGCCUGCCAUUGCUACCAUGUAUUUAGACAAAACCAACCAGUGGGAAACUGUGGGCGUUGAGAAACGUAAUGAAGCCCUCGAACACAUCAAGACUGGCUACCAGAACGAGCUUGCCUACCGUAAAAGAGAUGGAUCUUUUUCUGUAUUUCCCCAUCGCCAAAGUAGCACCUGGCUGACGGCCUAUGUGGCCAAGGUGUUUGCCAUGGCCAACAGUCUGGUUGCAGUGGAAAGGAGCGUGAUCUGUGAUGCUGUCAAGUAUGUGAUUCUCAAUGCCCAGCAACCUGACGGCUUGUUUCGAGAAAUCGGGGGUGUAAUUCACAGAGAGAUGAUCGGUAAUGUGCGUGGCAGAGAUUCAGAUGCCUCCAUGACAGCCUUCUGCCUCAUCGCCAUGCAGGAGUCACGCACACUGUGUGCUGCCACUGUUAAUACUCUGCCAGGCAGUAUAGAAAAAGCAGUGGCCUACCUGGAGGGGCGCCUGCCGAGCCUAGUCAACUCUUAUGCUGUUGCCAUGACAUCAUAUGCCCUGGCCAAUGAAAACAAACUGAACCAGCAGAUCCUCUACGCGUUUGCCUCCCAAGAUUUCUCCCACUGGCCUGUACCAGGAGGACAUGUUUACACAAUGGAGGCCACAGCUUACGCUCUUCUUGCUCUCGUCAAGGUCAAGGCCUUUGAAAAAGCCAGACCUAUUGUGAGAUGGUUCAGCCAACAGCAGAAAGUGGGCGGAGGCUAUGGAUCAACUCAGGCUACUAUAAUGGUGUACCAAGCUGUAGCAGAGUACUGGUCCAGUGCCAAAGAACCAGAUUAUGAUCUGUAUGUGGACAUCUUGUUGCCGGGCAGGUCAAAGCCUAACAAAUACAUCUUCAACAGGGAUAACCAUUAUGCCACAAGAACAUCUAAAUUCAAAAAUAUAAACGAAGAUAUAAGAGUUUCUGCCAGAGGAACAGGAGAGGCAACAUUGAAAAUGGUGUCGACGUAUUAUAGUUUGCCUGGUGAAGAGAAGAGCGACUGUAAGAAGUUUAACCUGUCUGUGCAGCUCCUCCCAGAGAACGUGGAUGAGGAUGAGAGGAUAUACAAGCUGAGAAUAGAGGUUUUGUAUAAGGACACGGAGCGUGAUGCAGCCAUGUCGGUUUUGGAUAUUGGCUUGCCAACUGGCUUCACUGUGAACAAAGGAGACCUGGAUUUAUUAUCAGAAAAUCAUACUCGCAAAAUUGCAAACUAUGAAAUGACCCGAAUCCUGUCAGAGAGAAAUUCACUCAUCAUCUACCUGGACAAGGUUUCUCACACUCAACCAGAAGAGAUCGCUUUUAGGAUCCAUCAGACGCUGAAAGUGGAUGUCUUACAUCCAGCUGCUGUGUCUGUCUAUGAAUAUUAUGACCAGACACAUUGUGUGAAAUUCUACCACCCGGAGAGAAGUGGAGAGCUAAUGAGGUUGUGUAGAAAUGAAGAAUGCAUAUGCGGAGAAGGCUACUGCAGUAAGCUGCAAGAGGACAAGACCAGACAUGAAAGCCGUGCUGGUAUGGCUUGUGAGUCAGAUUAUGUGUACAAAGUACGAUUGGCGGGGUUUGAACAAGUUUCCUCUGUUGACAUUUACACAACGGAGAUAGUAAAGGUCAUUAAGUCCGGAUAUACUGAUGUGAAUCCUCUUAAUCAAUCGCGCAAAUUCACCAAUCAUCCACAAUGCAGGCAGUCUUUAGAACUGACUGUAGGCAAAACCUACCUUCUAAUGGGCACAGACAGAAAUAUUCGCAGGGAUCCCCAAAGUCAAAUGUAUGAGUAUGAUCUCUUAAACUUUAACUGGAUUGAGUACUGGCCCACAGAGGCAGAGUGUCAUGCUGUCGAACACAGAUUUAACUGUUUAACCAUUCGGGAGUUCACUGCCACCGCAUGUUUGCAGUAAUGAAACUUUGCACUUUGCAUUAUUCUUAAUAUGUAAAACUUAUAUGACUUGCAGAAGUCUCAAUAUUAUACUGUAUUCUGUUGAUUAAAAUGUAUAACAGCCUUUA